AUGAGCUGCGCAGACGACCUCACCACAGAAGACCUCAACGGGAACGUCACUGCUGAAGUCCUCGAACGAACCUCCGCUGGGGAAGGCAGUACCACCAACUUAUGGAGUCAUAUCGAUCGGGACAACGUGACCGGUCUGAACUUGGACGACCCUUUGAGUGCUCCUAAGCUGAUCAAGCCCUGGGACAAUCGUCUGGAUGAAGAACAGAUAGUAGAGUCUGGCGUGGACGACGAACUGAUAAUACACAUUCCGUUCACAUCCUCUGUCCGCUUGAGGACUCUUGUUCUCAAACCUCCAGCCGCGGACCACCCUCACCGCCCGACACGUACCCGCCUGUAUGCCAACCAGAUCCACUGCCCGGACUUUUCAGAUCUAGAGUCUAUGACUCCCAUCAUGGACAUUGAUACAUCACAGCCCGCCGCUGGUGUGAGAAGGCUACCGGAUGGCCGAAGGGACGUGGAAGAGUGGCCCCUGAAAGUGCAAAAGCUGGCCAACGUCCACAGUGUGACUUUACUCUUCUCUGAAGCCGCCACUUCGCUACGCUCGUCCAUGUACUUUGUAGGGUUCAAAGGCGUUGCGCCAAAGCACGAAAUGGACAUGUCGAAGUUGGGACGUGUGCAGAAUGAGAACGCAGCCGACAAACCAGUUGAUGGAGUGGCGGAGAGGCAGGGGGCGAGUAAUACGACGACUACACGGUAA